ACUUGUGUCAAAUUAUUACGUGCCUGUCAAAAAAGUGUAAAAAAAAUAUGGACGAAUCGCGGAAGAAAACUUUUUUGGGAUUCGAUUUUAGUACGCAAAGGCUAAAAGCAAUUGUAAUCGGCGAAGAAUAUGAAAUACUUCACGAAGCAGCAGUUGAAUUUGAUGUUGAUCUUCCAGAGUUCAGAACGGCCGGUGGGGUGCUCAAAGGAGAGCGCGGUGAGGUGACAGCCCCCCCUCUGCUAUGGGUCAAAGCCCUGGACAUGGUGAUGGACCGCCUGGUAGUGGCUGGCGUUGACUUCUCCUUGAUCGAUGCCUUGUCGGGAGCAGCCCAGCAACACGGCUCAGUCUGGUGGGCCAAGGACGCGGAGUCCCGUCUGGCGACACUUGCCCCGGAUCAGUUCAUCCACACGCAGCUGGCUACUUCCUUCGUGACCAACUCGCCCGUGUGGAUGGAUUCCAGCACCUCUGCCGACUGCAGGGCGCUGGAGGAGGCUGUUGGAGGACCAGAGGAGCUGGCCAAAUUAACGGGGUCUCGCGCAUACGAGCGGUUCACUGGCGCUCAGAUCCGCAAGAUGUUCCGCACUCGCCCGCGAGCGUAUCAAGCCGCGACGCGGAUCUCGCUGGUGUCUUCCUUCGCCUGCUCCCUGUUCCUGGGGCGUAUCGCUCCCAUCGACUUGUCGGACGGCUCCGGGAUGAAUCUGCUCGAUAUACACUCUUUGAAGUGGGACGAGAAGGCUUUGAAGGCAUGCGGAGACGAGACCCUGGCCCAGAAGCUAGGCGAGCCGAUAGCGACUGCUAGCGACCUGGGCGUCAUCUCGCCAUACUUCGUGGCGCGCUACGGCUUCCGCGCCGACUGCAGAGUGGUCGCCUUUACUGGAGACAACUGCUCUGCGUUAGCAGGUCUUCGCCUCCGCAUCGGCUGGGUGGGUCUCAGCCUGGGCACCAGCGACACGCUGCUGCUCGGGCUCCCCGCGCCCGCCGCGCCCCCCGCGGGACACGUGCUCGUGGGGCCCACGCACGAUGCCCCCUACAUGGCCCUACUGUGCUUCGCUAACGGCUCGCUGACGAGGCAGAACCACCGCGAUCGCUUGGCUGGACCCAGCUGGGAUGCGUUCAAUGAUUUGUUAAGAGCGACUGUUAGAGGCAACAUGGGAUAUAUGGGCGUGUACUUUGACACCGCGGAAAUAGUCCCACGGGCGGCGCCGGGCCGCUGGCUUCGGGACGCGAACGGGCGCGCUAUUGACCGCUUAGCGCCGCAGUUUGAAGCGCGCGCGCUACUAGAGGGACAGGCUUUAGCGCGCCGCGCGCACGCUGAAGAUAUGGGAUUCACGCUGGGUGAGUGAGAAAUAACAAGCAUGAUAUCCACCAAAACGGAGAGGAGAGGAAACGAAAGGAGACGUUUUGAAUAACCAAUCGGAUUUCAGCGGGUACCUCUACCCUUUUGGCA